GCCAAUUGAAAAUAAAAUCGCGGGCAUUUGUGCAUAAUUUCAUAAAUAUACGAAUUACUCAGAACUAUGUUUAAAACAACUUGCUUUGACAUAUGGCGCCAAGAAAAGGAAAUGCCACACAUUGUCACACUUUGCAAGGAGUUGGAUGACAAGCUGGGAGGUGGCAUUGCUACGGGUUUAAUUACAGAAUUCUGCGGGGGACCGGGCUGUGGCAAAACGCAAAUGUGCUUACAGCUUUGUAUCAAUGUGCAAUUCCCCCGAAUAGUUGGUGGACUUCAAAGCAAAGCUGUUUAUCUGGAUACCAACCAGGACUUUAGUCCGACGCGCUUACUUGAAAUGGCGAUAUGCACUGAGAAGCGUUUUCAUAGAGCUUUGCACAAGUCGGAUUUACAAACGUCAACGCAGACCCCCUUCACCGCUAAUACUAUAAUGAAUGGUGUUACAUAUAUUUAUUGUAAAAGCUAUUUAACGCUACAGGCUGCAGUAGGGGAAAUGCGCGAAAUGCUUAAUGAGGAUAAAGCGAUCAAACUCAUCGUAAUUGAUUCGUUCUCCUUCCCAUUGCGUGUAAUUGAAGAUGUUGCAGAACGCACAGGCAUACUUUAUAGCUUAUUAACCGACUUGCAACAGUUAGCAGUGGAGUAUCAACUGGUGGUUGUUAUAACAAACGAACUGACUACGCGCGUUAACGGCAAUGACUGGAAAAUAUGUCCUGCGCUAGGUGACAGCCAUGCGCACAAAAUUAAUCAGCGCAUUAUUCUCAGUAAAUGCAAUGAACAAAAGCAUUUCGUUGCACUGGUGGAAAAGUCGAACAUAAUACCACAAGUAGCAGUACCGUUUGUGAUCAAACAAAAUGGCAUACGUGAUGUAUCCUAA